CAUCAGCCGAACUGAGACUUCAGACCUCCUCCUCCGCCUCCAUCAGCCUCCAUCCUCCUCCAGCAGCUGUUUGGACGCUUUUACGCACUUUUACGCACUCCGUCCGGCGCGUCUCCGGCUGCGGUCCGACUCUCGAUGUAUGAAGUUUGAAGAUUUCAGCCGCUGAAAAGGCGAAGCAGCAGAAUCUCCCGAACCAUCGGAACCAUGGCUUCAGACCCAGAAAGCAGCAGGCAGCGCUUGAAUCAGCUGCUGGCUAAAGCUGGGAACGGAAGCUGCGCGGACUGCGGAGCUGCAGAUCCGGAGUGGGCGUCCUACACGCUGGGUGUGUUUGUGUGUCACAGCUGCUCAGGCCUCCACAGAAACAUUGCUCAGAUCAGCAAGGUCAAGUCUCUGCUGCUGGAUCCCUGGAGCUCCUCUGAGCUGGAGUUUAUGGACUCUGUGGGUAACUACGCUGCCAAGGCCAAGUAUGAACAGCUGGUUCCUGCCUUCUACUACUGUCCCACCUACAAAGACUGCAUGCUGCUGAGGGACCAGUGGAUCCGAGCCAAGUACGAGAGGAAGGAGUUCCUGAACGUGGACAGACAGGAGCCCUACUCAGCAGGAUACAGAGAGGGGUUUCUAUGGAAACGGGGACGAGACAAUGGACAGUACCUGAGCCGCAAGUUCAUCCUGUCGGAGCGAGAAGGUGUUCUGAAGUACUUCAACAAGAACGACGCCAGAGAACCCAAAGCCAUAAUGAAGAUCAACAGUUUGAACGCCACUUUCCAGCCCAGUAAGAUCGGCACCCCUCACGGCCUGCAGAUAACCUACCUGAAGGACAACAGCACGAGGAACAUCUUUGUUUACCACGAGGACGGGAAGGAAAUGGUGGACUGGUUCAACGCCAUCAGAGCGGCCAGGUUUCACUACCUGCAGGUGGCUUUUCCUGGAUCUCCCAAUUCUGAGUUGUUGCCGAAGCUAACUAGGAACUACGUGAAGGAGGGUUACAUGGAGAAGACCGGUCCGAAGCACACAGAAGGCUUCAAGAAGAGGUGGUUCUCGAUGGACGACCGGAGGCUCAUGUACUUCAAAGAUCCGUUGGAUGCUUACGCCCGAGGUGAGGUGUUCAUCGGCAGCAAGGAAAACGAAUACACGGUGCUGGCCGGUCUGCCUCCCAACGUUCAGGGCUACCAUUGGACGUUCGGAAUCACCAUAGUGACCCCGGACAGGAAGUUCCUGUUUGCGUGUGAGACCGAAGAGGAGCAGAAAGACUGGAUCGCUGCCUUCCAGACGGUCAUCAACAGGCCGAUGCUGCCUCAGGAAUACGCAGUCGAAGCGUAUUUCAAACACAAACCGUGAUCGACCUGUUGGUGCAGAAAGCUGGAAGAGGAAGAGAACUUUAAAUCUCGUAAUGGAUGAUGUUGUUCUAAAAACUGGAGGCUGACGGAGAGAACAAGGCGUCGACCUCCUCAGGCUGUCUCCUCCGAGCAUCGGCUGACUUCUGCUGUGUGACGUGACUCACAAACCUCAAAGAGGAGAGUCGCUCUGACCUGAAUGUCUGCGAUCAGAACUGUUCUGUUCGCAGUAGCUUCAGCAUCAGCGCGACUUUCAUUUUAACUGAGUAGACAAACACUUGUGAGCAGGUGUUUGUGGACUAAAUUCUCUGACACGAGUCUGUAACAGAAGGCGUUAAACACGUUAUUUUACCUUAUGUGUGUGUGAGUAAAGUGAUAUUUAAUUCUGUGUAUUUAUUUUUUAACUGUCUAAUUUGCUAUUUGCAGCUUUUAAUGUCGUAGCUUCACCGAACAGGCUGAUGUGUGGCAGCAGUGAAGAGUCCUGAGGAGGUUUUUUUUUUUUUUUUAAGCAGAACUGAUUUGAAGCCGAAGAGCUGAAAUGAGCAUCUGUUCCUCCUAAAACUCUGACUGUCCGCUGCACACAGUCUGGACCUGAGCAAGAAGAGAAUCUGUCUGAAUAUGAAACGUGGUCGCUAUUAAAAGAAGGAAUGCCA